AUGAUCCGGCGGCCCAGCUCCAGCCGCCUGCUGGCCGCUGCCCGGGGCCUUCGAUCACUGUCGUCGAACCGAACCGUCAAGGAGCACGACGUCCUCCUCCUCCGCCAACAAGGCGCCAAGCACCCCAAGUGGCACCUCACCGCGCCCAUCCGAGCCGACUCCCUCGUCAAGCUCUCAUACGGCUCCUCCGUCCCCGCCGCCGACCUCAUCGGCCGCAACUUCCUCGACGUUGUCCAAGACAGCCGCGGCCACAAGGUCGUUUUGCACGAGCCCUCGCUCGCCAGCUACGUCGUCAACCAGCCAGGCGAGCGCCCCGCCACCCCCAUAUACCCCCACGAUGCAAACACCAUCGUCUCCCUGCUCGAUCUGAACCCUUGCCGCCCGGGCGAGGACGACGACGAGCAUGCACCGCCCAUCGAGAUCUUCGAGGCCGGUACCGGCAUGGGCAGCUUGACCCUGCACCUGGCCCGCGCCAUUCAUGCCGCCAAUCCUCCCGUGCCCUCCUCCCUCCGUCAUGCCCUCUGCAUCGCCAGCGUCGCAUCCGACCGCUUUGCCUGCCAUGCUCGCCCCGUCCUCUCUCCCGACGAUCAAGUCGCUCUUGACGCCUACGCCGCCUCGCGCCGCGCCAUUCUCCACACUCUCGACAAUAAACUCAAGCACCUCAACGCCGCCUUCCGGCUCGUGCGCGACUUUCGCCGUGCUCUCUACCUCCCGUCCAUAGACUUCCACGCCGGCUCCAUCGACGCCUACAUAUCGGAGCGCCUCGCCCACUCCGCUGGCCAGCCGUUCCUGUCUCGCGCGGUGCUGGACCUCCCCGGGGCACAGGACAACGCAGAGCGCGUCGUUCAGGCUCUGCACCCCAACGGCCUUCUCAUCGUCUUCCAGCCGUCCAUCAGCCAGAUUGCCGAAUUUGAGGCAUGGAACAGGCAAACCAACCAACCCCUGCGGCUCGAGAAGGUGCUCGAGUUACCCGUUACGACAACGACCGACGGCCUCAACGACUCUGCCGGUGGCAGGCAAUGGGACGUCCGGAUGACUUUUCCUAGAGUCCAGCAGGCCGGAUCGGAGAAAAUGGUGCAGGUGUUGCGUCCCAAGGUCGGCGAUCGCAUCGGCGGGGGCGGAUUCGUCGCCGUGUUCCGCCGGUGGCCGGUCGGAGGGACACCCGCUGCGUCCAUGGCCGAUGAAGGGGGGAACGAAGGAGGAUUGAGUGAAGCCGAGCCUUGA